AUGGAUAGCUUACCUUUUCAUCUCCUAGAGGAGAUUCUCUUCAAGUUAGAUCGCAAGUCUCUGGCGAUGAUGCAAUGCACAGAAAAAUCUAUCAACUCUCAUGUAUCCGAUGAUCCCUACUUCAAACCCGAAUACUUAUCUAGGUUUAGGUUAAUGGAUCACUCCGAAUCAAAGCUUGUGCGAGAGAUAGUUUGCGGCAGUGGAACAGAAUCUGAACUUGAAUGUGAUGAAAUAAAUCAAAGCGACGGAACCACCGCACAGGUUUUCGAAACUGUCCGUCUAAGCUCGGAGAUGGUGAAGGAGACGAAGGAGGAAGGCUGUUUCGACGGAGUGGUUGGAGACUUUUCAUCUGCGAUGGAAGUGGAUGAGAAGGUGGACGAGGUCAUGACGAUGGCUGGGCAUGAUAAACGCGUCUCCUCUCUAAGCACGAUAAUCAUGAGACUGAUUCAUGAGGUCUCACCAAACGUUCGGAGCUUGUUAAAGAGAAAGGAAACGCAGCUUGGGAAAAGAUUGUUGAUUGAAGAAGGAGAAGGAAAGAAACUGAAGAGGAAGGUGUGCUCUGGUUCCAAGUUCCUUAACGUGGAGAGUAUCAACAAGAGAAUUAGAGUCAAGUAG